UUUGGUUUGUAAAGCGGCGCUUCAGCUCAGCAGAGACACACUAUACAGAGACGCUGAGGAUGAUGUGAGACAGAAACAUUUUUUAAUGACUCUCAUGGACGCUACGGGAUUAAUACUAUCGUGGAUACAUAUUUAUCCCGACAUUUCUUUCUCUCUCUCUCUCCCUCUUUUUGAACCUAUUUGUUUUUUCUCAUCACCUUAACGGACAGGAGGAAGUUUCCUCAGAGGAAGAUUUUUGUUGUUGUUGUGAUGGGAAGCGGCUGAUAUUGCUUACUUUUCGCUCUCUCCCGACAUUUUCGACCUCUUCACAUUAUCUGUCGUCUUAAGUGUGUGUGUGUGUGUGUGUGUGUGUUUUCCCUCUGUCUUAAACUGGUGUGUGAGAUCUUGCAGCAGGUUCAGUAGCUCUGUGCUGGACGUGCGCGUGCUGCUCCAAUAGUUCACGUCCUCUUAGAGACCAACUAAAAAACUGUGUGUUAAUGGAGGGAUUAAACAAAACAGGAUAUAUUUACAGUCCGUGAGGACAAGUCUUGGAUUUUUGCAGGUUGUUGUCGAAGAAUAUUGGUGAAGGAGCUCUGGGAAUAAUCAUGAACAGCGUCACGGAGCUUGAAGACGGACCGCAGCACAAGGCUCAGAGGACGAGCUGCAGUUACCUCCUGUGCACCAUUCUGCUCUUUGUUGCUGUGCUGCUAGCUGUUACAGUAACAGGCACCAUCCUCUUAAUGAACCACUCCCAGGCACCCUCAGGCCCCGAUGCUCCUCCCCUCAUCACUACCAAUCAGGACGAAGGCAAUGCCCUGGUGACGGUGGAGAGAGGCGAUGGCUCCCGCAUUAACAUCUUCAUCGACCCCAACUGCCCCGACUACAACAGCAACUUCCUGCGAUUGGAGGGGUUACAAACGUCACUGCUGCACUCGCUCAGCCACCAUGACACAGACCUGAAGUCCGUGAAGGGACAGGAGCGUGCAUUGCUUGUCCAGUUGGCUGAGGAAAUUGCUAAGCUGUCAGCCCAUGGCAGCCAGCUGAAGGCGGAAUACAAUGCACUGAGGCAGGGCCAGAGCAGCAUCAGCCAGGAGAUCAGCAUGCUGCAGACCGAGCAGGCCAGGCUCGUCCAGCUGCUGUCCGAGAGCCAAAAUAACAUGAUGAAGGUGGUAAACACGGUGAGUGACGUGUUCGAUUCCAUGCAGAAGGAACCUGGCAGCAUGAAGGUGUUCCUGAAGGCAGACUUGCAGAGGGCUCCGGUGCGCAGUGGCGUCCGACCCAGGGGCUGCUCCAGUGGAGAGGGCCGACCCAGAGACUGCAGUGACAUCUAUGCCGGCGGACAGCGUGAAGAUGGGAUCUACUCCAUCUUUCCCAUACACUUUCCCUCAGGCUUCCAGGUUUACUGCGACAUGAGCACUGAGGGAGGUGGCUGGACGGUGUUCCAGCGCAGAGAAGACGGCUCUGUAAACUUCUACAGGGAUUGGGCUGCAUACCAAGAGGGAUUUGGCAAGAUUACAGGGGAACACUGGCUCGGUCUGAAGCGGAUUCAUGCCCUGACCAUUCAGGCUAAUUAUGAGUUGAGGAUUGACCUGGAGGACUUUGAGAACAGCACUUCCUUCGCGCAGUAUGGAUCCUUCGGAGUUGGAUUGUUCUCCGUUGACCCGGACGAGGACGGCUACCCGUUGAGCAUAGCGGACUACUCAGGAACCGCUGGUGACUCAUUGCUCAAACACAACGGCAUGAAGUUCACUACAAAGGACAAGGACAACGAUCACUCGGAGAACAACUGUGCCUCCUUCUACCACGGAGCCUGGUGGUACCGGAACUGCCACAUGUCCAACCUGAACGGACAGUACCUACGCGGCCAGCACUCGUCCUACGCCGACGGCAUCGAGUGGUACUCCUGGACUGGUUUGCAGUACUCCCUAAAAUUCACGGAGAUGAAAAUCAGGCCUACGUGCGAGCAAAACGAAUGAGUGAAGCACAAGGUGAUCUUCAGCCUCUGUGGUGUAGGUGUUAGAGAGACUAGGCACAGAAAUGUGCGUGGACUGUAUGAUGAUGUAUUCUCCUGUUUGUUUUUGCGUGGUUCUGUUUCCGAGCCCCUUUUUCCAUCGUCCACCAUUCCAGUCGUAGUGUAGUGUCAGUGACGAAGCGCGCUCUAACCGGUUACUUCUCUGAAUAUUAUGAAAUCAAGAAGUCUUUUUUUUUUUUUGUCUUAAGGUUAAUGUUGAUGAAAUGCUAAAAAAAAAAAAAAAAAAAAAAGUGUAAUUCAGUAAAGAUUUGUCUGGACUUUUGUUUUAAAAAGCAACUGAUUACCCCUGUUCUCAGAAUGAUUUAGGUUGUAUUAUGUACAGAAGAUGUUUUUCUUAAUUCUAUUUCAAUUCUGUCAUCAAGUAUUGUUAAGUCCUGGAAGCUGGGUAUUUCAGCCACUUCAGCUAGUGGGAAAGCAGAGAGAAUGAAAAAAAAAAAAAAAAUAAAAAAGCUCAACUACUCUUCUAGCACUUGAAUGGCACCAUGCAGCAAAAUGCACAAUUACCGAGAGGCUAUUAUAAAUGGAGCAGAGAUACCGAGUCCCUAUUCGUAGAGAGCAUGUCAUAUCAUGUUGUUCGGUAAUUAAUCACAAUGAGCCAGAGGGACAAGGAGUGGGAGGAAUUAUUACAUUAAUGGAAACCUUAUUAUAAUAACAAGCUCGUUUUUGAUUGGAAGUGCACUACAUAUACAUGAAGCACCAUGGAGUAGAUUACAGUGAUGAUCCUGUGCGGUUUAGUAAAGGAAUGUCUUAACCAUGUCUCAUUUGUUAUACUAUAUUACCUUCCAUUUGCCAGGUCACUGGGAAGCAAUUAGGUUUCUAAUAGAGCUCAAUCCUUUUAUAUACAAAUGAAUGGCCAAAGGUUUGUGUUGACCUAACCAUACCACCAAAUAUGUGGUUCUUCCCCAAAUUGUACAGGACAUCUUUGUAUGUUGGAUUAUAAUUAUCUUCACUAAAACAAAGAGGCUCUAACCUGUUCCAGCAUGACGGUGCUCCUGUGCACGAUGUGAUCUCAAUGAAGACAUGCUGUGUUAAGGUUGGAGUGGAAGAACUCCUGCACAGAGCCCUGACCUCAACCCUCAACCCCACUGAGUACCUUUGGGAUGAACUGAAACACCAGAUCUCCUCACCCUACAUCAGUGUCUGAUCUCACUGAUGCUCUUGUAGCCGAACGAGCACAAAUCCCCACAGCCGCUCUUCGCCGAUCAAAGUUCAGAGGCUAUUUAAACAGCAAAGGGAGACUAAACCUGGACCGGGACAUAUGGCUGUGAUGGUCAGGUGUCCACAAAAUUUUGGCCAUGUAGUGUAACAUUCAAAGUUGUAUUGAAAGAGUUUAACACAGUGGCAUUGUCUUUCUCUGUUUUGUGUGACAAAUAUUUGUAUUCAGAUUUAAAACAGGAGUGGCCUAUCUAUCUAUCUAUCUAUCUAUCUAUCUAUCUAUCUAUCUAUCUAUCUAUCUAUCUAUCUAUCUAUCUAUCUAUCUAUCUAUCUAUCUAUCUAUCUAUCUAUCUAUCUAUCUAUCUAUCUAUCUAUCUAUCUAUCAUGAAUGUCUGUGUUGCCAGGAGCAGUGGAAAACCUAUAGGAUAAAGAGAGGUAGAAAUACCAGCAGUGUCAGUAUCGUAUAUGAAAUCUGGCUCAAUCACAUCAAUCCAGUUUUCUUUUCUGAUUAAAGUAGAUAUUAUUUUUGUUCGGGCCUGCCUGCAAUAUUUUCUAUAUCUACUUUCCCAGUUUACAAACAUGCCAUUAACCUAAAUUUAAACCUUAACGACUUACUCAAGGAGGUUAAUGAACAGGGUCUGACUUUAUCUGCAAGCUUCAUAUCUGACUGCUUGCUUGAGCUGGCAUGAAAGUCCAACCCGUUUCCCUCAUAUCAGUCCUGCUGCACACCUGUAGUGUUAAUCAAAUCAAAACCUCUAAAAAAAAGAAGUCAAUAUUAUACCAGUGUGCCGUUUAUUUCUAUCUUUAAAAUGUCUACCUGUUCAUUUCUAUCCACUCUAUCCAUUCCCAAAUGAUCGAUUCUUAUUCAUUUACAUGCCUGACAGAUAUUUCUUAUAAUGAAGCCGAUUUCCAUUUAUUUAUAAACCACUAUUAAAAUAACAUCACACAAUCAUUUAGCCUCCGGUCAUUUAAAGACUAAAUAACCCAUCUAUUAUUUAGCAUUUAUUCGUGUGGAGUCCGUUUUUCAAGUGUUAAAAUCCAUAAUGCUAAAGUCAAAUGUAAGCACUCUUAAACCCAUUUGUAUUUUAUUUAAACUAAAUUAAUUAUUCACUGCAUACAGUGUUCUCAGUCUACAGUACAUCCGUCUGGCUGAUUUUGUUUUUGCUGAAUCCACUGAUAUUUGUCCAAGACGUUUGCGGUUUUUCCAUAGACUGAAGUAACACCUUGAAAUAUGAGUGGGCAAUAAUAUACUAUUGUGAUAGAUGUUUCUAUAAUAAAUGAGAUUCAUAAUGUUAUACUGUACACACACACACACACACACUUUAACAAAUUGCCUGCGAAACAGCACAAGGACUGAAUUCAGUCGCCCUUUUAUUUAAUAUUUACAGAAAUAUGACGCUAGAAAAUAUUUUUCAACUAUUUUAUGAAAUUUUAGAAAUUUAAUUUAAAAAGUGAAAUAUUUCACUUAAAAAUCAGCUGCUCCCAGAGUGUUUGUUUAUAAGAAAAAUAAAUAAAAUAAAAUACUAUGACAUCUACAAUAUAUUGUCAAAUAUUGCCUAGUCUUACAUAUUGCCUGUCUUAUUUGCAAACACUGGAAAAAGCAAGCAAAGUAUCCAGUAUUAAUAGCCCAAUUCACAGUAAAGCAUUUAAAAACAUUUAGUAUUAAAGGAAAGGUCCAACCUGAAACACGAUAUAUAUGAUUUGAUUGAAGUACUUGUGAUGCAUUUAAUGUUUCUGCGGCUGAUUUGCUGUACUUUUGUUAUUUCUUUGAGAAGUUGGCGGGUUGAUUGUAGCUCUGAUGUGACACAGAUAUUUUAGGGCAUUUAGAUUGGUGCAUAAUAAGAGACAAAAAAAAAAAAUAAUGAAUCAAAGCUCCAGAAUGAAGCACCACGGUUGCACAGAGUUACAGCAUAGACUCGGCUCUGUUAGUUAGCGCUCUAUGAAAUGGCAGUGAUGGUGAGAUUAGCAUGAAAGUUAAGGCUUUAGAAGAUGAUCUGUUUGAGCACACAUUGGAAGUUCAGAGAGCUGGACUGGCUAAAAGAAAUGAAGCUGUACUGCUUUUAUUUCGCAAGAGUGAAAUAUUCUUCUGGUGCCACUAUGAGCAGGAAGUCAGACAACAUUGUGGAGAGUGUAGGAAGCACUGAAGCAAAAGUGAAAAAGAUCAUGUUAUUUAUACCUGAAAGCGAUUUUGUAGUUAGUUCUGGGCUUCGAAAUGAAAGGAUAUCUUGUGACAGGACACCUCAUGUUAGUUCCUCACAGGGUGUCCAUUUGUCCAUGCAUCCAUCUGUCCACUCGUCCAUCCAUCCAUCCAUCCAUCCAUCCAUCUUCUUGAACCUCUUUUUCGACACAGGGUCAUGGGGAGCAUGGAGCUUAUCCCAGGGGACUUGGGGUACAAGGCAGGGCACACCCUGGACAGGGGUACUAACCCUUCAUAGGGCACAAUCACACACAGCCAUUCACACACUAUGUGCAAUUUAGAGACACCAAUCAGCCAGUGCAUGUCUUUGAAAUGCGGGAGGAAACCAGAGCACCCAGAGGAAACCCCUAAAGCAUGGGGAGAACAUGUAGACACACAAAACAGAGACAUUUUUAUUGCGAAAGCUGAGAAGAGUUUAAGGAAAUGAAACAGAAACAUAAAUAGGGAUACAAGUUAAGUUGGAAUGCAGAAAAUUAGAUCCACUUGGGUCAUCUGUCUGGUAUAUCUAUCUUAGCUUUUUCUAGAUUUUCAUUCCUCAUUUGAAUCUAUUAAAUGUGUUUAAUGUUCAUGGAAUAAACCUUCAGAAAUUUCUAUUUC